CUUUACUAAGUCUAAGCAAGGAAGCCAGCGAGAAAGAGCAGACUGCUGCGGAGCAAUCGGGCUUAGUGGAAGAAGACAACAUUCCCCGACAACCAAAGGAUAGUUGAAGUCUGUCAUGGGACGAAAGAUCCCGGAUUUAGUACUGGUCCUGUGUAUCUUCUCAGCUGCUGUCGCGGCCGAUUACGUGCGACCGCAACCUCGUAAGACCCUCGAUUUCCCAUGGGAACGCAAGCCCUCCUCGUAUCCCCAGCAGGUUCACAUUUCUUUAGCUGGAGACAGAUAUAUGCGCAUCUCAUGGGUCACUGAUGGUAAAUCUUCCCCUUCAUACGUGGAAUAUGGAACAUCGCCUGGUCGAUAUGACUCUACAGCUCAAGGAGAGAGCACUUCUUAUAGUUAUCUAUUUUAUAGCUCUGGAAAGAUACACCAUACGGUGAUCGGGCCAUUGGAGGGCAACACUGUUUACUUCUACAGAUGUGGAGGAGAAGGUCCUGAGUUCCAGCUCAGGACUCCUCGCGCAGAAUUUCCGGUUGCUUUCGCUGUGGCAGGAGAUUUAGGCCAAACUGGCUGGACUAAAUCAACACUAGACCACGUUGAUCAAUGCAAGUACGAUGUGUAUCUCCUUCCUGGAGAUCUGUCCUAUGCUGAUUACAUACAGCAUCGCUGGGAUACAUUUGGUGAACUGGUGCAACCACUUGCAAGUGCAAGGCCUUGGAUGGUAACACAAGGAAACCACGAGGACGAGAGCAUUCCACUUAUUAAAGAUGGAUUUCAGUCCUAUAAUGCUAGGUGGAAGAUGCCAUAUGAGGAGAGUGGAUCGAGUUCGAAUCUAUACUACUCUUUUGAGGUGGCAGGCAUCCAUGUCAUCAUGCUUGGCUCAUACACAGACUAUGAUGAAUACUCAGAGCAAUAUAACUGGUUGAAGGCUGAUCUUUCAAAGGUUGAUCGCAGUAAAACUCCAUGGCUGAUCGUAUUGACCCAUGUACCUUGGUAUAACAGUAACUAUGCUCACCAAGGUGAAGGCGAUGGGAUGAUGCAAACCAUGGAACCAUUGCUUUAUGCAGCUGGGGUGGACAUAGUAUUUGCAGGACAUGUGCAUGCUUAUGAGCGAUCUAAACGUGUCAAUAGUGGAAAUCCCGAUCCUUGCGGUGCUGUUCACAUUACCAUUGGCGAUGGGGGGAACAGAGAAGGUUUGGCUCAUAGCUAUAAGUACCCCCAGCCAGAGUGGUCUGUCUUCCGUGAAGCCAGCUUUGGUCACGGUGAGCUCGAGGUUGUGAAUUCAUCACAUGCAUUCUGGAGCUGGCACAGGAAUGAUGAUGAUGAGCCAGUGAGGUCCGACCAGCUGUGGAUUACUUCUUUGAAGAGUUCAGGUUGUCUCACUCAAAAGCAGCACUCCUUGAGGAAAAUUCUCAUGGCUCCUUAGUAUUGGCGGUAUGAACGAUGCCACGGCCAAUACAGGAUUGGUCAUAUGUUGAUGUAACUAGGAUGGGGUGAUGUCUUGUCAAUAUGUAUUUUUUUCUUUGGUCGAUUGUCAACAUGACAACAUGUACCUUGAGACGUUGCAAAAUUGAGUGUACCCUAUGGGAUUCAAAACAUAUGUUUUCUGGGAAAGUUUAGGGUCCUCAGGUCUCUAUUGCGCUUGACGGCCAAGUUAAGUGCAACCUGUACCAUCCGCUUCUAUCAAAUACAUGUCCCAUCUUUCAGAUU